CAGAUGUGAUGGAUUGGAGAAAAGCUGCCAAUUUGCGGCAUGUAAAUGCACCGGCCGCCUGUCAGGUUACUGAGGAGCAGAUGGGUUUGGGGAUCUAAUCGGGCCAGAACUGAGUUAAGCCGGACUGACAGCAACUAGUGGCACUAAUGAAGAUGAAAUGAGGUCGGACGAUGUGCAGUGGUGCUGACCAUUUCUGUGCUUUUUCCUAAAUAAACAUGGAGAGAAGAAGAGGAGAGAAAGAGGAAUCAGGGCAUCUGAUAUCCAGAAUAUCCAGGAAAGAAAGGUCGUGGAGAGAAAGGGAGCAGGAGACAAUGGGAAAAAAAUGCCCGUAACAUGGCAGAUUAGGAUGCUGCAGAUGGGGGUGCAAGGAGAUCCGCCCCGUGCUGAGACCUGGAGGGGGGAGGGGUCUCCGCCUGGUCAGAGAAAUCCUUCCUGCAGGGGUCCAUUGUCUACAACCCACAGCUAUGAAUAGAAAGCUGAUUACAGCAGUCAGCAGUUUGUACUCCAUCGCAGGGGUGCCUGUGGUUGAUCACCACAUGUUGCCAUUUUGUCUGAUGUCUCUCCCCCUGUUAUUUCAUCCUAAACACAGUUCUCCAGUGAAAGGCUUUCGCUUGCCUUUUAGCUCUGAACUGCAGGCUGGAAGUGUUUUCCUCUCCUUCACAUCAUGCCAGAUAAAGCAAAUCCUCCCUCUCCCCCGUCUCAAAAUGACUUGUCUAUUAUUAAAAGCUUUUAAACGAAGCACUGUGUUGGCUGACUACCAAAUCCAUUGCCUUGUUGCCAGGGAAACACAUACCCGUGGUCUCAGCUCUCCUUUUUUUCUUUUCCUCCCUCCUCCCCAGAGGCUCAUAUUUCAAAACUGUCAGCAGCCUCAUGCGCUCACACUGCCGCCUUUCAGCUAAAAGCUUUUUGUGCUGCCAGUGGAGGAGCAGCAUGGAGGGGAAAGGAGAGCGGAUGGGAGUGGUUAAGAGGAGAGGGAGGGAAAAUGAAGGGCCUCCCUCACUGUUGCCAAGGCAACUUGAUGUCACGGUGACAUCACAUGCCACUAAAAGCUUUUAACCGGAUUCCUCUCCUGCCUUAGGCCCCAUUUUGAGUCCUCUUUCAGCUAGGCUAGGGGGGAAGGGCACAGGCAGGACGGCGUGUGUGCCUUCUUGCAUAUAUCACUCCCCUUGCAGCAGAUUCAGCUCACAGCUCGUAGUACUGUAAAAGACUUUCAAAUUCAACCUCUAAAGAUCUUACCUCUGCAACCACAGUCAAGACAACUGUUUCAAACAUGGCAUCAGAGGACGGUUUCAGCUACCUAAUGCCAGGCCACAGUGAGAAGCACAGACGGGCCCCGAACUGGACCGACGGUGAAAUGAAAGCCCUCCUGUACGUGUGGGAGGAACACCACAACGAACUGAAAAUGAGCAAGAGGAACGCCAAGGUUUACGAGAAGAUGUCCCAGAGGUUCUUCCAGCUGACGGGAGAGCAGCGCUUCAAAGAGGAGAUCAAGAUGAAAAUCACCAACAUGUCUUUCCAGUACAGGCGUUUGAAAACCACUGUCGGAGAAAGUGGAGAGACGCCGGAUUGGCCGUAUUAUAAACCCAUCGAGAAGAUCCUCUCCAAGCCGCUGGAGAACGGGCGUCUGAACUCGCUGGAGUUCCAGGCCUCGGCUGCAGGUCCCUCCACCUCCUCCCAGUCCACAGACAACCUGGUGCCCCUCUCAGAGGAGGGGAUGAUGGGAUUCCUGCCAGAGUACACAGGCUCCUCAGAUGAGAUGGAGAUAAAACAAGAGCUGGACUCUUUAAGCUCUGACAGUGAGCACACACAAGGCUCCAGGUCCAUUCUCUGUUCGCCCAGCUCACACCCGACAUCAGCCAGGAAAAGGCGUUCCAACAAGCACCUGUCCAUAAAGAGAAAGAAACUGCGGGUGAUGCAGGCCAUGUUGCAGCAACAGAAGAGGUCGAGUCGCGCCAUAGAGGAGACGUGCAGGGAGGUCCGUCGAGCCAUGCACCAACAGAACCUCCUCCAAGUCCAGUGUCUGCAGCUGCAGGAGCGUAUGAUGAAUCUUCUGGAGAAGAUGAUCCAGCCUCCCACUGCCACAUCAGCAUCAUGGGGUCAGGGUGGGGUCAAAGAUCCAGGGAAGCCAUGAAGUGUGAGAGUUGUCUGGAGACAAUCAUGUUCUUGCCUCACCUAUAGCCUCAUUGAAGCCAAAAUACAAAAGUAUAUUUAUAAUGGCUUUCAGUUUAACAUUGAACAAUGUUAAAGGUGCAAUAUGUAAGAUUGUUAGUUGAAAACAUUUGAAAAUUAACUAAAAUUAGCAUUUUUGACGUGACAUCUGUGUAUUGUGUUGCAGGGAUGUCUAUUAAGGUUAGCAUGCUAACAAACUAGCUGCAGCUCCUGUGCACACCAGCACUACACUAGUGCUCUCGGUUCCAGUGCUAGAUGCAAGGCUUACCGAGCUAACUAGCUAACGGCAGUGACAGUCAGCAGCAGUUAGCAUUUACUCUGGUAAAAACCGCCUUUUGCUCUUGAAUAUGAUUUAGACAGUUGGCCAAAUCUUACAUAUUGCACCUUUAAGGUUUACCAUGUUGCAUAUGUCAAAGUACCGUAUAGCUCUUUUCACUGGUACAGGGAGUUAAAGAAAUACACUGUUACGACUUCUGAAGGCGUCAAUAGCCUGAAAAUGGUUCCUGGAAGAUGAAGAUGUUAAUAACCAUGAUGACAGUGUCACUAAAGCAUCUACCAUAAAUCAGGCUACAAUUUUUUCAGAGUUUGCGUUUUGAGGAUAAUUGUGUUGUAUCUUCGUCACCCAUUCAGACCCCAGUGGAAACUACAACCUUGCAAAAACAGAUAUAACUUUUCACCCCACCCUCUCUAUGUGCCAAGAUAGUUACAAGUUGGGAAGUUUUGAUGCCACAACAGGGCAAUUUGUAGCAUUAUAAAGCAGGAGUUGAGGCAAUACUCCCUGUUGUUACUGAAGUGACAGGAGAGGAGCUGUCAGACCUCAGACAUGUCUUUGUUGUGCUCAAUAGAAAGUUCACAUCAAGGUACACUUUACUGCUUCCAUCUGACAUAACUGUUCAAGGUGAAACUCAUUUCAGUGCAUUAGAUAAAAGUCCAGUGUGUCCAUUAACCUAGAUUAACUUAGAUUCCAUUCAUGUGCAGGAACUCCGGAUUGUGCAUCACUGUGACGACACAGAUGGGCAAACUGCCUGCACACGAACUGGACUGAGUACAUACAACAUACACAGUGUUAGAAGGGCCACUAUGUAGUUUUGGAGAAGAAAGACAAACUCAGAAUUAUAAUAAUGAUGUAAUUAUACAAACUCAGCAAUAUUAAGCUUAAAGAAACCAGUCUGUUUUCAGAGGAAAAUAAUGUGCCAACACUGUUUGAAGCUAGAAAGGUGGCGGGGUCCGCCAAAUCCAUCUAACUAAAUGGACUUGUGUUUUCCUUUAAGGUCCGUUUGUGUAUUUAGUUCAUGCAGAAACAAAGACAGCGUGUUUAUUUCUUCCCUAAAACUACACAGUGCACCUUUAAUCCUGUGUAACGUUGCGCUUUUAGGAUCUGAUAAAGACUGAAUGAAAACCUUUCACGCCAUAAAACAGAUUGUUUUUUCCCCUGAGUGUUCAAUACGUUAAUAUGUAAAGGUGUUCCAUUCUUAUUUGCAUUUUUCUGCUCAAUAAAACAACACAGUCUACACUCA